UAUGAAUCUGACCCUUACCUGGCACCAAACUAUAUCAGUCUAUGUGGAUUGAUCUGGUUGGCUCUGCCAGAAUACGAAGACAAAACAAGCCGGAAUCAAAGGUCAUCGAAGACGGCUUCCUAUAGCAACCGUGGCUGCAUCAAGCCAAAUACAACGGCAACGCCAGAAUCUCAGCCGUAGGAAAUCCGCACCGCCGUCAGUGUACUGUGGAUCCGAUACCCCCGUUCGGACAUUCCGUUUUGGCAAAAGACCUGGUUCAUAGUAGUGUUGUUGGUUAUGGCGCUCUCUUGCUUCCCCGUCGCUACCGUUCUCCUCCUCACCCUCGGGUCCGAUUACUCCAUCAUCCCUACAUCCGCCGCAUCUGAAGGUGUCCAGAUUACUUACGGGUCAACAAUCAAAUUGAUGCAUGAGAAGACAAAGGUCCGGCUGCAUUCACAUGAUGUGCCAUAUGGUUCAGGCAGUGGGCAGCAGUCGGUCACAGGUUUUCCUAGUGUAGAUGAUGCUAAUAGCUAUUGGGUUGUUAAGCCUGAUCCAGACUCUUCUGCAAAGCAAGGAGAUGCUAUUAAAACUGGGUCUAUUAUCAGACUGCAACAUAUGAGGACUCGGAGAUGGCUGCACAGCCACUUGCAUGCAUCUCCAAUAUCCGGAAACAUGGAGGUAUUCCAAACUAGCCCUCAAUGCUGUGGAACUGCAAUUAAUUAGAGAAAUAUGCAGGUGAGCUGCUAUGGGGAUGACAACAAGUCUGAUACAGGGGACUUCUGGAGGCUUGAAAUAGAGGGAAGUGGAAAAACAUGGAGGCAAGAUCAAAAGGUCAGGUUUCAUCAUGUGGAUACUGGAGGGUAUUUACACAGCCACAACAAGAAGUACACCCGCAUAGCUGGAGGUCAGCAAGAGGUUUGUGGUGUAAAAGAGAAGAAACCGGAUAACAUAUGGCUGGCGUUGGAGGGAGUAUACCUUCCCGUUUAUGAGACCAAAAGCCGAGGCAUGAUUUGGGACGUCUCUCUUUAAUUCACAUUACUAAGUUACUUCAUUCACAACAUGGCUUUAUAUCUUGGGUAGCUCUAGUUUUAAUUACACUUACGGUUUAACCAAUUGAAGACUAGCACUUGCAGCGAAGUAUGCUUAAUUAAUACGGACUGUGUAAUAUUUCAAUCAUGCACGUGUUUCAAGAAACAUUACAUACUUUAUGUGGCAGUGUAUUCUAAUUUUGAUUUCGAGAAUCACAUCUGAAUGAAGAUUUGUACUGUGUAAA